AUUUUCAAUUUUCAUUAAAGUUGAAAGGUCAUGUCCUGUAGCCACGAGUCCUAUGUUUUCUAUAAAUUGUCAGGUAUUAUAAGAUUUGGGCCACACACGGGGAUAUUCACUGAGAAGGUUCAGUUUCUGUUGUGUUGCGAUCUUACAGUCAAGAAUGACCCUAGUUGUGCACUUGUUCGUGUGUUUAGCUGCCCUGGCGUGCCUCGGCCAUGCAUUGGGCGCAGAGGACAACUCAGAGGAGAUCGAUGGUCAUGUUCAAGAAAUGAUUCAUAGUAUACGCUGGGCCGCUAAAAGAGCGACUGACGGGGACGUCAGGAACGUCAAAUACGCCAAACGUGAUCGGCAGCUGCUCGGUUUUGGGGGCCGAUGUGGGGUUAUAAACGAAUGGUGUUCUGCCUGGGCCACCCACUGUUGUGAACCAUUCAUUUGCAGGUAUAAGAGUUGGACUCAUGUUUUCUCCAGGACUGGGGGACGCUGCGCCUAGAAACUGACGUCAACUUAAUAAAGAUUCAGAUAGACAAUUACAAAGUGAAUACAAUUGUGUCUGUUAUUUUAUACCAAUAAAAUUGCUUAAACAGCAAUAAUAACUCAGUA